GUUUGAUGCAUCUGAAUGCCAAGGUAAUGACCCUUUUGUGGCUUUUCAAGGUGGUAAUUUGAAAACACUGGUGUGAAGCUUUUGGUUUUGCUCCUCAUCAGAUUACCUUUUCCACCAAUAAAAAGGCCAACGUUUGGAUGUGAAAGUGAAUGCAUUGAAACGAAAACAAGUCCUAGGGACUUGACCGUCUUCAAAUGAACAGGUUUCAUGAAAAAAAUGGAAGUGAUAACCAGAAAUCCAUUUAUAAGUCUGUUCAAUCCAGCUGCGGUCAGUUCUCAAACUUAUCGAUGGAUAAAGAUAUAGAUGACCGGGAGAUUUGUGCUAACAUAGAUCCAAUGGACAGAAAAUCGUCUGGGAGGUCAUGGACAAGAAGUAAGCGGAUAUCACUUGGCUGCCUUGAAUGGCGUUCACGUGCACCUAUCCGACAGACUAGUCUUGGAUCAUGUAACCGAAUGAACAACAUAGAACAACCUGGUUCACACUAUUGUAUUGUACACACUGAAGAGGAUUCCAUCUACACCAAUGAAGAGUCAUCCAAAUUAAAAGUUAAACAUUUUAGACCGAAAUAUAAGUCCGGUGCUGAUAACCUUUUACAACGUCUACGUAAGCGAUCUUUUUCACGUGAUAAAAAUAAGCGUGACAACAGCAGAACGCGAUCUGUCAAUAGCAACAACAUCAAUAACCGAUCUUCUUCAGCGCCUCGCUCUGUCUAUUCCUAUGAAAGUCGUACGGAAUCUGAAUUAAAUCACUGUUAUAUUAAUGAUGGUGGUAAUAAUUACUCCUUAUUACAAAUGAAUAAAUGUACUAACUUAUCUGUACCAAAUUUAACUCCGAAAAUCGUAUUGUCAAGAAGCGUUCCUGAACUGAAGGGCAAUAACUGUAAUGGUCUGUUAUUUCCUAUUAACCACUUUCAUUUUCUUGUUAAAAUGCAAGUCACUUUGUGUUCACAUUCAAGUUUUGAAUAG